AUGUCUGAGCAUAGUCCGUUGCUUGCUAAUGGUGAUGAACAAUUGUACAGCGGCGGAAGUAAUGACGAUCGCUUCUACAUGGGCGUAGACAAACGCUCACUAUUAGAUACGGGCGAGGCCGGUCUAAGCACAGUCGAAGCAUCACGUCGCCUUAAAGUCUUUGGCUCGAAUGAGCUCGAGAGCAAGGAAAAGAGUAAAUGGAUCAAAUUGGCCGAGCAAUUCUGGGGUCCCAUGCCUAUCAUGAUUUGGCUUGCAAUCCUUGUGGAAGCCAUUACCAGAGACUGGCCCGACUUUUUGGUACUGCUUUUUCUCCAGCUACUUAACGGUACCGUUGGUUGGUAUGAGGAGCUUAAGGCUGGCAAUGCCGUGGCUGCACUUAAGGCCAGUCUCAAGCCAGAGGCACAGGUCAUUCGUGACGGUGUGCACCAGACUAUCAACGCUGCUUUGCUCGUACCGGGCGAUCGCAUCACUCUUUCGUCCGGUGCAGCUGUCCCUGCUGACUGUGAUCUGUGUGAGGGACAUCCCAUGCAGAUUGACCAAGCUGCCUUGACAGGCGAGUCAUUCCCAGUGACGAUGACUGCUGGAGACAAUGCCAAGAUGGGAUCUACUGUUGUCCGUGGUGAAGUAGAGGCUGUAGUCUCUGCUACUGGUGGCCAAACAUUCUUUGGUAAGACAGCCAGUCUUAUCUCGUCUGUGGACGAAGUGAGUCACUUCCAGAAGAUUCUUCUUCGCAUUACCAUGUUUCUCAUGGCUAUUUCAUUUGUAUUGGUGGGAUUCUGCCUUGGAUACUUGAUCUACAAUGGUGAGGACUUCCUAGAAGCUAUUGCUUUCUGUGUCGUGCUACUUGUCGCCUCCAUUCCUAUUGCAAUGCAAGUGGUAUGCACAUCGACAAUGGCUCUUGGAUCUCGCAAACUUGCAGAGGAGAAGGUCAUUGUUACCCAGCUACAGUCGAUUGAGACGCUCUCGGGCAUGAACAUGCUGUGUUCGGACAAAACCGGCACGCUCACUCGCAACAAGAUGGAGUUGCAAGACGACUUGCCGAUCUUUCACCCCACUGCUACUCGUGAGGAAGUGCUUGUGACGGCUGCUCUUGCUGCCAAGUGGAAGGAACCGCCUAAAGAUGCUCUUGAUACUCUCGUGUUGAACGCAAUUGAUCUUCGUCCACUUGACAAAUACACAAUGAUGGACCACGCGCCCUUCGAUCCCUCGGUGAAGCGCACAGAGUCUACGAUCCGCGGACCGGACGGUAAGGUGUUCAAGGUGACCAAGGGCGCCCCACAAAUUAUUCUUGCUCUCGCCCACAACGUCACGGAGAUCCAGGAAGAUGUGGAAGCAAAGGUGUUGGACCUGGCGAAGCGUGGCAUCCGCUCGCUUGCUGUUGGUCGUACUUCGGAGGAAGAGGCUGAAGGUGGUUGGGUGUUCCUUGGUAUUAUGACGUUUUUGGAUCCUCCACGUCACGAUACCAAACGCACGAUUGAGCUGGCUCACCAGAACGGCAUCGGUGUGAAGAUGAUUACCGGUGACCAAGCCGCCAUUGCUGUGGAGACUUGCCGCAUGCUUGGAAUGGGCACAACUAUCUUGGGCACGGAUGUGUUGCCGACGGCUAACGUGCAGGAUGGUCUCUCAAUGACUCUGGGCUCGGACUACGGUGCUAUUGUUGAAAGCGCUGAUGGCUUUGCUCAGGUGUUCCCCGAGCACAAGUUUUUGAUCGUUGAAGUGCUUCGCCAGCGCGGCUGGGUGUGCGGUAUGACCGGUGAUGGCGUGAACGACGCUCCUGCUCUCAAGAAAGCUGAUGUCGGUAUUGCUGUUGAAGGCUCGACAGACGCUGCUCGCGCUGCUGCGGACAUUGUGCUCACGCAGCCUGGUUUGUCUGUUAUUAUCAACGCUAUUACUCUGUCUCGCAAGAUUUUCCAGCGCAUGCGCAACUAUGUGACAUACCGCAUUGCUUGCACGAUCCAGCUUCUCAUGUUCUUCUUCAUCUCGGUGCUGCUGAUCCAUCCAGACAGCUGCCGCUUCCAGCACUUUAUUCCGCAUAUCGGAGACUGCCCACUCAAUACUAAUGAGAGCACGGAGUCUGUGGACCCGUACUUCAAACUUCCUGUCAUUGCUCUGGUGCUUAUUACGAUCCUCAAUGACGGCACGAUUAUUUCGAUUGCCUACGACAAUGUGGUUCCUUCGAAGCGCCCGGAGAGCUGGAACCUGCCUCGUAUCUACUGGGUGGCGACGACGCUUGGUCUGAUUGCUGUGGCCAGCUCUCUUCUGCUACUCUUCUGGGGCCUCGACUCGUGGAACAAAAACGGCGUUCUUGCAUACUUUGGUCUGGGUGACCUUCCUUACGACCAGGUCAUGAUGAUGAUGUAUCUGAAGAUUUCGUUGUCCGACUUCAUGACGGUGUUCACAGCUCGUACCGAUGGGUUGUUCUUCACGCGUGCCCCUGGUCAUCUUCUUGCAGUUGCUGCAUGCUUUGCCACUUUCGUGUCUACGCUUCUGGCUGUGUACUGGCCGUUCACGGAGAUGGCGGCAAUCUCGUUCAGGCUCGCAAUUUUCGUCUGGAUUUACUGUGUGGGGUGGUUCUUUGUGCAGGAUCUUGGCAAGGUGCUUCUCACUUUUGCGCUUGAGCACAUUGACCAAAUGAACGUUUUCGAGCGUAAGGUCAGUAGCAAGAAGUACGUGAAGCAUGAAGCCCAGCGCCAGAACCGCAUUCGUAUGGGUUCGACUCUACUGAACAACGACUCGUUCAUGCACGGCUCGUUCGUGGCCGGUCGACCAGUGGGUGGCUCGUUCGUCGAGCGCAGCAUGACGCUUGAGCAGGCCAUGAACCGCCUUGUGCGCAUCGAAGCUGAGGUGAAGGUAAUCCGUGCCAUCAUCCAGAAUGCCUCGAGCUCUGCCAAGGUAUAA